AUGAGUAAGUACCCCAUCGAGGCAGUGCAACCAAAGGUCAAAAAAGCCGGCAGUACACUCCACGAAGAUCGCGAUACCAAUCACCCAGGAAUGGUGUCCGAGCUGUUUAUAGGAUUUCUCAAGUCGGUUGGCGAGCCCGUGAGGUGUCCUUCCAUUUCAAAGAACAUGCGUGAUGACGUGCUCUGGGCUGAUGCCCGCUCUCCAUGGCGUCGCUCACCGUCAUGGCUAGUUAUCCGUGUAGCACUACAGCUUAGCUUCAAUAGGAAGUCGUCAGCGAGGUCAGGCAUCGUCUACAAGGAGGCUAUGCUCUUUGUCUUGUGCAAUACCCUAACUCUCGCUACCAACCACUCACUCUCGAGCAAUGAACUCUUCUCGAUGAGUGCCAAGCUGGCCAGGCGUCUGCUUAAAAUCGGCCCAGAAGUCAACAAGCCUGUGAAGCUCUUCGUUCAAAGUACAUUGGAGAGCGCCCAUGCUAAGAUUUCUGAGCGGUGGUCAGCUAUUCAAAAGCUGAAUUCUUCGAAAAUCAAUGUCACAGAGCUUUCUAGCCUCAACUUCACCGAAGAUUGCCAUGUUCCUAUCCCGGAAUUAGACAAAUAUAUCACAUGGAUGAGCGCCCGGAAACGAGAGCAGUGUUCCAGCAUUUUUCAGCCUCAGGAAACGCUAAUAGUGUUUUCACCUGACAAUUUACCCCUACUCCCAUCAGCCUUUCCAAAACAGAGCAACGCCAUCACAAAUCUCGAAGCCUUCGAAACCUGGGUUGCACUUCACAGCAGAAAAUGGGGCCGCGAUAACCAAUCAACCGCAUGCUAUGAGCUCAGCUCGCUGAUUAUGGUAUAUCACAAUCUGGCUGUACCCUACUAUUCGAAAAAUCCAGAGGCACUUUCGACCAUGCUACUCACAAUCUUCGAGUUGUGGGUUGCUUGCGACGAGGUUGCGACGCUCUUGUGUCCCUUGCUCAGCAAAUACGACCCGGACAUCCCAUCGACUGUCCUUCAGAACCUUCUUCUCCCAUUUGCUUCCCAGAUGCGGAGACUGCACUGCGUUGAGCGGUAUUUGACUAAACGUUAUUCCCUUGCUUCAUUCCCUUCCACCGAGCUCUUCUACGAUUUAGAAAGCCCGAAAUGCUUUCCGGUACAGUACUUUUCCUCCUCCGAGGCGAUGCAGCAAACGUACACGGAUAUUAUGAAGGCCGCUCAAAAGAAGAGAGAAGAAAAGCUGUUAGAGCUGCGUAAUCUGAAAACAGUAUAUGAUGGUCUUAUGGCACGCUCUAACCAGAUGCAAUGCGAGUACGAGGAGGUUCUAGUCGAUUAUCACAAUAACAUUUACGAGUCGAGACAUAACCCGAACUGCAAAAAGUGUGCAAACAAAAAUAAGGCAGCAAAUCUCGAGAUUCAUCUCGAUGAAUGGCCACUUCCCAGAAGUAUCACGAAAGCAAAAUCCAUUGUUUUUGAGAAGAAAAUCCCGCCUUACCUUCAGUCAUGGCGCCAAGCAAGAUUCUAUGUUCUUAAGGAUGUCAUUGGAAUGCAGUACUCGGUGAAGAGCGCACCUUGUUCCUUCUAUGCGUUGCCCAAAGACCCACAUCUUCCCAGUGGCCCGUCUCGUUCAUCGCAGAUUGGACUUCUAUCUGAGGAAAAACCUCAGGUAGUCACACAUCGGACCGCACAAAAGGUCUCCACUGCUACAAAGAGCAGCGUUUGUGUUAAUAAUGGGUUGAAUUAUAGAUAUUUCGACUUUGUGGCGAGCCGAUUCGUCGCGGACUUUGAGCCUAGCGAAAAUGUGCUUGAGAUGUGCACAUAUCAUCUUCCUACAGAGUCUAAGAGUUUACAAACUUACUUGGACCGCCCUGCCACUUCGCCUGAUGGGCCUGGUUCAAAUGUUGCCCUUGCGAAUCAAUCCGAAAUUCCGGCACACAUGAGCAUCGAAGAAGCCAGAGAUCUAGCUAUGUUACCACUCGGCCAUCGCAUCCAACUACACAAUAUCCUCAUCCAACUAGCAACCCCGUCUCUCGACUUCAGAAAACACGAGACUGCAAUCUUCAUACUACAGUGUCUAUACCAGUCGGGGCCGUCUGGAAAUACGUAUCUACGGGCUGGCUACGCUAUCGUAGAGUGUAAACAGUUUGCUGAGGCCCUGCUCGACAAUUUGGCGACGGCCUGGCAGAAAAUCAAGGAAAAUUGGGAGUCUGCUCAAGCUCUUAGUACUUUUGCGGCCAUCACUACGCGUUUGCUUUCGCUCAGCUCGUAUAAGAAUGUACAAAAGCGCUGUAUCAAGUUUCUCACUGAUCUUCGUACCGGAGCCUUUGCCUGGGUUGAGCUCUUGAGAGAUAGGUCUCAUGAGGCUACCGCGCAAAGUGAAAGAACAUACUUCAAAUCAAAGAGUGUUGACGUAGCUCUCAUUUGUGUUUCCUGCUUUGAUGUCGAAGAGUGUUUUCUUGUCGGAAUUCUAGAGUCGAAGAGCGACACUUCGAUCUUUGUUCAAUGUUCUAUCAUCAUCCAAGAAGGAAAACCCGAGUACAGCCCAGCUUCUGAACUCACGCUCGCUUGUCUUAGUCUUCGGUUCCGUCGGCUCUUAUACCGCAGCUUACCAAUCUUGUCCAAGACACACUCGGGCGUUUCAGACGCCGUACAGAAAUCAUGGUCAGCUUACCGCAAAGGAGGUGGAUGGCGAGUAGUAUGUACGCACUGGCUGGUUUGUGAGACAGCACCAAGCAAAGAGCGGGCUCAAGUCCAAGUUCACUACAAUAUGUUAAGCGGCGAACUACUGGUGAAUGGAACUCCACUGGGUUGUCCCCCGCGAGAGUAUCAAGAUCAUCCGAUGUGGCACGUCCUCUUCAACCAAAAUGCUCUUGAGGUCAUGCCCACGUCUGCCGCCGCAAUGGAGUUUUCGGCCAAGAGGCAAUACAAAGGCUAUGAAGUUCGCUUUGGCAGGAAAGGAACCACAUCUGGGGGCAUGGAUCUACUUGUUCAAGCUUCCCGUGUUGACGCCGACUAUGAGACGAUCCCAAGUCGGCUGCUUCAAGGGCUAUUCCCAGACCAUUUCGUCAAUGAUUUCGUUCAUUGGUAUAAUUAUACUAAUGACAUAUUAGAGUUUCGGCCCCGAGAAGCGCCCUGGGAGUCGAACAAUUCCCAAUGGGUCCUACACAGGUCCCCCAAAGGUUGGACGUUGGGGCGGGGAGGCAGCCUUGUCGUUGGCGCGAAGAGUAGAACAGCGACUGCAGUUACCAACGUGCUGCUACCGUUAGCUGACAAACUUCAGAUACAUUCAAUUUUGCAUCCUUCGGAUGAGACUUUGCUAGAAGUGGAGCUCCCUGCGCUUCGAUUGGGCUUUUCUCUUACCGCAGGCAAGUCGAGCUUACGAUCCAGGGAGUUUCCAGGUAUGGCGAUUGACGGCGACCAAUCCAUUGGGACUCUGACUGGUCUUCUCAACAAGCUGAUUUUGAAAGAUCAUAAUCGCCGCCUCAUACUUGUACCAGAAGGUCAAGUGUCCUGGGUAUCAGCAAAUGGUCACAUUCAGGUUACAGUCUCAAAACCGUCCAUCACCCAAGUGCACCCGCUAUAUGUCGAUAGUGUGCUUGGGCGGUUGACAGAUAACGGCAAUCUGGAAGGCAAACUCUUCAUUUCGUAUUUACAUGCUUUGACGUCUUAUUGUCUUCCAGACCCGUUCACCAAUAGAACUGGGGUAGAGCAAGCACUAGCGAUAUUGAACUCUGCCGCCGUCCGAUCAUUCGACCGUUUGUCACAGAAAGCUCUCGACACCAUGUUGUUAGUUGCACAGUUAUGCCCUACGCGACAGUACUAUCCUCGGCAGAAGAGAGUGAUGCAGACUGUUUUGUGGAAGCCGAAUCUGAGCUUCCUCUCUCACCACGAAGGAUUCUAUAAAGCUGUGAAUGAAAUAUUUGAACACGCCAGUCAAAUGUGCCUUUUCUAUCCGGGAUUAGAAAGCAAACAGCUCGAUCUUUCGAGUCAGAUUGACACUAAUGCAUUUUUGAUGGAUCGCAACCGCAUCCGUAUGUCAACGUUCUGGGUCUCAGGCUUCGGUGCUGAGGAGCAUAACACCGUUUACGACGAUAUCUAUCGCAGUCGUGAUCGUGAUCAAAGCUCAGCUCGUGGAACUAAUGCGUACGUGCUAUCAAGCAUCGUGUAUCGCAAUCAUACAAGACUUCACACAGACGUUCCACAGGUUGGCAAGCUCUGGGAAAUCAUGUUGAACGUGCCAAAGGUCCUGAGCCCUUAUGUAAACAUAGAUAUAUCGGAACUACAAUAUAGUGCCGACGCGGCUAACUCUGGGUUGGACUUGUCUCGCUGGCUAUCGCUACACAGAAUCCUGUCGACACAGUCUGUUGCAGCGAACAAAUUCAGUGUAAUGAUUUGGCUAUCGGCCAUAGCCGCCCAUAAACAAGCAGACCUAGGGCUCUUACAGAUAAUGGCGCUGUUCUUCACGGCCCACGAGCUUAGGAACGUAGAGUUGCCCUUGAUUCAAUCAUGCUACCCACCCAAAGGGUACGAGCCUACGUCGAAACAUCUACAAGCAACAUUGCGCUCUUACGAUGUAGGGCUAAAUGCCUCACCAGAAGCACAGCUGCGAGCCAACCCGGGAGAAGACUGGCGUAACCUUCGGAAACGUCGUAAAAAAAGCUAUGCCACCAAUAAAAAUUUCGCCAUUUGUGCUCUCACCCAAAAGUUUAUGAGCCUGUGGCCAAGAGAAACUCUGCCUGCGUUAGGCCAUGUGGACUCAAGGAUAUCCGGCUACUUGAAGCUAAAUGAAAUCGAAUCGGCUGUAAGACAACAGUUUGAAGAAUGGUUCUCCAACCUCCGCCUUUUCGAGUAUUUGCAGAAUGUUGAAAGAGCACUGUCUCGUUUCGGCCAAAGUCCCAUUAUACCAUAUCAGCCCGAAUUGGUUAUAUUGACGUCUCCUGCAGCGAAUUCGACGACUCGCUCAUUUGUAUCUGUUAAGGACCUUUUCACCAGUCCAGAACCCUCACUUCCGACACAGCUUCCUGAGCUUGAAAUUGAAAAAUCCACCAUCGACAAUGAGAAGAGAGCUUUGCGCCUUCCUGGAAUCUUGGAUACACUGAAGGAGAGGAAUGCACAGUCUCUAUACGAAAUGUCCUAUAUUAAAGAACUUGAUACAAGCAUGCGAUCCCUGCAAACACAGCAAACCUCGCUUUAUUCAUAUGUGCGUGAUAGGUACUUCACUGCCUUAUUGCGUCAGUACAUGAGCGAUUGUGAACAGACAGCACACGAGCUUUAUCUCCAUCUUGUGACUGCCUGUACUGCUUCUUCAAAUGGUAUCUCUGAAUUUGGGCAUGGACCACGUCUUUCCCCGCUAUUAUUUCUACAACAGCUAGGUAGAGGGGCGUGGGAUUAUCUCAGUCCAGACUGGAGAGUAUGUGUUACCCGCUAUGGCCUUGCUUUGGCUGCCCUUCAACGGGCGCAAAGACUCAUUGGAGCUGCUGGCUCACUGAGCGACGAGGAGUUAAUCAAGGAACUGGAAAAUAUCGGACACAGAACCUGGAGCCCCCUUGACCACCCAGAAUGGCUACUCCUUGAGGUGGAAAGUGGCAUCAUGAUCCGUGACGUGCAAGAGCGGAUAGCGGUAGAAAUGAUAAAUCCGCGAUCACAUUCUAACGCGAUUUUGCAGCUGAACAUGGGCGAGGGAAAAAGCUCGGUCAUCGUGCCCAUGGUAGCUACAGAGCUAGCCAACGGGUCACAGCUUGCCAGAGUAAUAGUUGCAAAGCCGCAAUCGAAGCAAAUGGCACAGAUGCUCAUCUCAAAGCUGGGCGGCCUUCUGGACAGAAGGGUGUACUAUAUGCCGUUUUCCCGUGCUCUCAAAGUAAACUCAACGACACUAGUCAACAGUAUCGAUAAGAUGGUCAGAAAUUGCCAGAGAAAUGGUGGUGUUCUGCUAGUCCAACCAGAGCAUAUUCUUUCCUUCCAGCUGAUGGGGGUCGAGUGCUAUUGUGACAAGCAAGUGAACAGGCACCUUAUCGGCGAGUCAUUCAUACGCCUCCAAGAGUUCUUUGAUAAGAAUUCGCGGGAUAUUGUUGAUGAGAGCGACGAGAAUUUCAGUCCUAAGUUCGAGCUUGUCUAUACCAUGGGAUCUCAGCAGUCGAUUGAGCUGAGCCCCGCCCGCUGGAUAUGCAUGCAACAGGUGCUCAGCUUGGUCCGUAUUUUAGCUGUUGAAAUACCAGACGAGCUACCAAAAUCUUUAGAGAUUGAUCUUCGAGAUGAGGGUGGGUUCCCUAGACUGCGCAUCCUGAAGCUGGACGCAGCUGAACUUCUCGUAAAACGGGUUGCAAGAUGUAUCUGUAACACAGGCCUCGAUGGGUUCCCAAUUGCAAGACAACAAGAACAUAUCAGAGACGCUGUGUUUAAGUAUAUUUCACAGUACAAUUUGAGUCCUCAAGAGAUCCGUGCUGUAGAAGAAUCUGGCGACGGAAGAUUUUGGACAGAGAGCACAAAGCCUUUUCUCCUCCUCCUCCGCGGAAUUCUAGCCGGAGGAAUUCUCACAUUCGCGCUCAGCCGGAAACGAUGGCGAGUCGACUAUGGACUUGCUACUGAUCGUAUACCACCGACGAAGUUAGCAGUACCAUACCGAGCAAAGGAUAACCCAACACCUCGUUCAGAGUUCAGUCAUCCUGACGUAGUCAUCGCCCUCACGAGCUUGACGUACUACUACGGCGGUCUUGAAGACGAAGACCUGUUCAUUGCACUAGGAAAUCUCAUGGAAUCCGACCAGGCAAGCAUCGAGUAUGACACAUGGAUGAAAGACAGCGGCUCCAUGCCAGUCCCGUUCCGCCAGCUGGAAGGUAUCAACCUCAAAGACCGUGCACAAUGCAUUAAUGACAUAUUUCCACACCUCAGGUACGGAAAAAGUGUUGUAGAUUAUUUCUUAGGGCAUGUCGUAUUUCCAAAGGAAGUGAAGGAGUUUCCAUACAAACUUUCGGCGUCUGGGUGGGACCUCGGGAAGAGGAAAUCCCACUGUACAACUGGUUUCAGCGGCACAAACGACUCCCGCAAAGUCUUACCACUAGAUAUUAAACAGCUUGAUCUACCAUCACAAAUGCAUACCAAUGCACUUGUUCUAGAGUACCUUCUACAACCCGAAAACUCAGUUGCUCUCCUACCCGACCGACCAGCUCUCGCUGUCACGGACGCCCAACGCAUUCUCGAUAAAGUCAUUGCCUUUAAGCAGCCAGUGCGAGUGAUUCUCGAUGUUGGUGCUCAGAUACUGGAGCUGAAUAACCGACAGGUCGCAGAAAGUUGGUUACAUAUGGUUAGGAAUACGGAAGUUCAAGCCACAGUUUUCGUGAAUGACGAUGACGAGCUAAGUGUUAUUGAUCGUCAAGGGAAUGUAGAGCUCCUUCAGACGUCUUCGUACGCGACUCGGCUCAACGCAUGUCUAGUAUUUUUGGAUGAGGCCCAUACACGGGGCAUUGAUCUCAAGUUGCCGGACGAUUACAGAGCCGCUGUAACCCUUGGUGCGAACUUGACCAAGGAUAGAUUGGUGCAAGCGUGUAUGCGAUUGAGAAAAUUAGGAAGGGGACAAUCAGUUGUCUUCUGCGUAAGCGCAGAAAUCCAAGAUAAGAUUCAGCGAGCUACCGGCAUGCCACCAGACACUCCCGUCGAGGUGAAAGACGUGUUGCAUUGGGCUAUUUCCGAAACAUUUGCAGAGACCCAUAGAAGCAUGCCACUUUGGGCUGCGCAAGGUGCUCGUUUUAUACGACAGGAAGAGCUUUGGAAAUCAACCCAAGCUAACGGAUCCAUCUGCUUCUCGAGCGCCACAGCUAAACAGUUCCUGGAUGACGAGGCUCAACCCAUAGAGGUUAGAUAUCGGCCCCGCCACGGAAAAUCAACGCCCUUAGCCGGCCUGUUAGGCACUGAAACCCCUAGAUUACACGAGAUCAAGGAGCGCUGGAGCGAAUUUGCUUACCUGGACUUUAACUCGAGUACGUUAGAAGAGGAACAGGAGCGAGAACUAUGCCCUGAGAUUGAGCAGGAGCGUCAGGUGCAACGGCCAGCUCCUGCAAGACCAGCCAGCCACGAUCUCCAUCCCGAUCUCAUCGUGUUUGUGAACACAGGCAACCUAAACAACACGUCAAAAGCCUAUUUUCCGGCAUUUAACGCGCUGCGAGGCACCAGCGCAGCUAAAAGUUUCAAGACAUCGCAACUCGAUAGCAACAAACUGUCGGUGACAAAUGACUUCGCUCAAACUGUAGUCGCCUCAAACAUCACCCACGUUUCAGAUUCAUACCUGCGUCCCGUGCAGUGGAUUCUAUCAAGCUGUGCCAAAGGCAGUACCCUGGUCGAUGUUUUGAUCAUCAUUAGCCCACAUGAAGCAGAGGAACUCAUGCCGCUGCUCCAGUCGACCCAAUCGAAGAGAGUAACAUUACAUCUCUACAAGCCACGCUGUGUUGUCGGUCACCGAUCUUUGGACCAACUCGACUUCUUCACCAUUCCGUAUCGACAACUGCCACUGGUGAUCCCCAGUGCAUUGAAGACUCCGCUGAAUCUGUUUGCUGGACAGCUCUAUUUCGACACAUACGUGGAUUAUCUAAAUACUUGCAAAUUCCUGGGGCUUGCAACCGGCGCGACCAAGCAAGGUGAGGUUGUCGACGCGGAUGGAUACAUCUUGCGUGAUGCCAAUGGGAAGUCUAGGUUCGAUAAGAGUCCGGUCCAAUUCUUCAAGAUUCUCACGUCAAAGAUUCGACGGAAUGGUCAGGAUAUAUCCAAAACACAUGUGGGAAGUAUGCUAGAUGGAAAGUUACUUCAGAAGUCUGACUUCGAGGAAUAA